AUGUACCCCCAAAAUGCGGCCAUGGCUGCCCAGAAGCCAGAGACGUUCAUGCUCAGCACUGAGGCCCAGCAGGCUCUGCCUCACGAUGCUCAGGUUGCUCUGAACCAGGUUGACAACCUCAAGUACUUUCUCAUCUCCGCUCCCGUCGACUGGUCUCCCGAUCAGUACAUUCGCCGAUUUCUGCUGCCUACUGGCGAGUACGUUUCGUGCGUUCUGUGGAACAAUCUUUUUCACAUCUCUGGAACUGAUAUUGUUCGAUGCCUCUCCUUCCGCUUCCAGGCCUUUGGCCGUCCUGUUAAGAACUCGAAAAAGUUUGAGGAGGGCAUCUUUUCCGACUUGCGGAACCUUAAGUCGGGGACCGACGCCUCCCUUGAGGAGCCCAAGAGCCCCUUCCUCGACUUCCUCUACAAGAACAACUGCAUCCGUACCCAGAAGAAGCAAAAGGUCUUUUACUGGUACAGUGUUCCCCACGACCGCCUCUUCCUCGACGCCCUCGAGAGGGACCUGAAGCGCGAAAAGAUGGGCCAGGACGCCACCACCGUCGCCGUCAGCGAGCCCGCCCUGUCCUUCCAAUACGACUCGUCGCAGUCGCUGUAUGAGCAGUUGACCAAGGCCCAGCAGGCCAACUCGUCGUCCUUCAACGCUCAGCAGGGCCCUCCCCCCGGCUUCGCCCAGAGCCAGAGCUCUUCUCCCGUCAUGCGCUCCAUGGACUCGAUGCCUCCCCCGACUAUGAUGCCGCACUCGAUGUCCAUGGGCUCCUCCAUGGCCCAACCCAUGUCCCACUCCAUGAACCAGUCCAUGGCCCAGCCCAUGUCACAGUCGAUGCCCCAGUCGAUGCCCCCUUUGACUGACGGGAUGGAUGCAAUGGCACCAUACGGAGCCAUGUCGAUGAUGCCCGCCAUGACGCAGCAGGUUCACCAGGUCAAGCGCGAGGCUGACUAUGGCCGCGUGCACUACAACCAGAACGGUAUUCCUAUCGUCCAUGGCCAUCAGCGACACUCCUCCAUGCCUGCCUACGGACUCGAGUACUCGCCUGCCCCCUCUUACGUCUCGUCCCAGUACGAGGACUACAGCACCCGCGGCAUGUCGUUUGAACCCAUGACGCCUCCGCAGCACGGCCUUGGCCUCUCGGCUGAGCCGGCCUACAUUGCCAACGAGGAGACCGGCCUGUACUCGGCUCUGCCCGAUAACAUUUCCAACAUGCACGGCCUGCACAGCAUGGUCCACCUGCCCCCGUCGACCAUGGGCGGCAACCCCAUGAGCCGUGCGUAUGGCGCCCAUAAUGCCUACUCCGUAACCGAAGGCUCGCCGACGUACAAGCAGAGGAGGCGGCGUUCAUCCAUAACUUCAUCCAUGUCGGCUAUGCCCCCAAGCCACAACGCCACCCACAGGCCCUCGGACCUGAGAAGAUCCAUCUCCGUCUCGGUUGGCCCCGUCGCCGAGGGAGACGAGUCUGCCGAGAACUCGCCGCCCGGCCUGUCCUACAGCGCCUCGGGUGUCUCCAUGUCCAGCCAGCAGCCCAAAGAUCUCAUGGACAUGUCGAGGAACGGAACUCCCCUUUCGGCCGUCGAGGGCAGCCCAUCCCUGAACCCCAUGACCCUCCAGAAGGACUACAGCCAGAUGGGCGGGGAGGAUGUCUCGGCCGACAGUAACCAGCAGCAGUCUGAGCCUCGCCGCCCCGGUCCCGGUGUCAACGGCGCCGUUCGCCGUGCUCGCUCCGCCACGGUCAUGGAGCUGGGUCCCUACCCCCAGAAGUCGCACUCGUGUCCUAUCCCCAGCUGUGGUCGUCUCUUCAAGAGAUUGGAGCACCUCAAGCGCCACGUCCGUACCCACACCCAGGAGAGGCCUUACAUCUGCCCGUCCUGUAACAAGGCCUUCUCUCGUUCAGACAACCUUGCCCAGCACAAGCGCACGCACGAGCGCGAGGAUGCGGGCGAGACUGCAUUCAAUAUUGAGGGCGAAGAGGAGGAAGACUUCUCUGGCGAGGACCACCUCGGAUCUCUGGAGGAGGCGUCGCCGUCUUCCGAUAGUGCCUACGUGACGGGGUCCUUCAACUCGAGCGCCACUGGCGGCCUGGCCCCGUCCGUGUCCAUCACUUCUAGCCAGCCCUACGGCAGCAACAGUCUGCAGACGCUCAGCAUGCCCAUGACUGUCAGCCAACCGGACCCUGUCAACGCCGGUGGCAUGUAG